UGAUUUCAAGAAACUAUGUAUCGAUUCCCAACCAAACUCCGUCGGACUUCUAGCUCAGAUGGCCAAUCCCGAACUCCAGGUUGCUGUAGAACAUAGGAGAGAGAAAGUCAGCGGCUAUAUAGGCUCAUGGAAUACUCAACAAGCGAUUGCUCAAAACCAGCCUGGUGGUUUGGCAAAUUCACCGCCAACUAACCCUGAACACUUACCUUCGCGUGUUACUGCUGAAUUAAAAGAGAUUCUAACUAAAAACGGCACUGAACAAUGUCUACUCAGACAUCCUACAGACUCCAAGAAAUGGACAGUUAUGACGCCUCGCAAGAUCAAAAUCUGGGUCGAUGAGAUUAUAGCAGCACGUAAAGAAGGUCGUAACAAUAUCACUGUAGACAUUCCACCUCCCUUACCGUGCUUCAAGACAUUCAUCGGUGGAAGACUUCCUCCAGGCUAUCGAGAGUUUCCAAACGAUCCCCCACCAGCUGGAUUCAUGGCUGCUGCUCCAGCACCUAUAGUACAAAACGAAGUCACUCUGAUCGCCCCAGCUCAAGUAAUUGAUGACCGUAUCUAUCAAAGAAAGUACUCUGGAACCUUUGAAGAAUUUUUAGAUUAUGCUGAUUUUCCUGAAAGCGAUACCAGCUUGAGGGCAAACUUAAAUACAGGGCAUUACACUCGUUGGAGCGAUCUCAAGCCAGGUCCUGAUAUGAACAUUGCUGAAUUAAAGCUUAUCGGAAUCCCUCCAGGCAAUGCAAGUCAUCUCCUUUCUAGUGCAGUUAGGUACAAGAAGUUUUUGAUGGAAAAGCUUGCUGCACUGGAUGCGCAACAGCUUUGAUUCAUCAGUGCAAUCUGCUUCCAUUUCUCUCAGUUUUUAUUUUAUCUUUUAUUUAGAACGGCUUUAAUCUAUUGCAUUCCUCCUGUCUACAAUGUUCUGCUUUGAUAGCUCGAUUUUUUGUUCGUUCUUUGUUUGGGUUUCUUCUGCUUUGAUAGCUUGUCUUUUUGUUUGUUCUUUGUUUGGGUUUCUUCUCCUUUGAUAGCUCGUUUUUUUCUUUGUUCUUUAUUUUGUUUUCUUCUGCUUUGAUAGCUUGUUCUUUUGUUCGUUCUUUAUUUUGUUUUUCUUCUGCUUUGAUAGCUUGUUCUUUUGUUCGUUCUUUAUUUUGUUUUUCUUCAAUCUCUCAUUAGUAUUUGCUUUUGAUCUUAUUAGCGUCUGGCUCAUUUUCUUUGUAAUCAAAAGUACCAAUAAAAAAGUUUUUGCUUGGCUUCC